AUGGCUUCCACACGUACUUCUCCGCGUAACCAAUCGAAAAGCAAAGGCGUUGUCACUGACAAGUCAAGCAGUCCUGAAGAGACACAUAAUCAGUUAAGCCACAAGGCGGCAUGGGACAGUAACUCAAUCCGAGUUUUCCUGGAGUUGAUUGCAAAUGAGAUUACUAAAGGAAAUCGUCCAUUCCUAGUCCUCAACCAAGCAAGGUACAAGUCGUUGGCACCUGAGGAGUGGUGGGACAAGAUGGAAUCAAUCAACAAGGUGUGUGGCAAGUUCAGGAAAAAAACAUUGGAACACCAUGAGUUGAUGGAGACGGUCUUCAUGGGGGCAUCAGCUACUGGGAAACACCACUGGACCCCGGGCGAGAAACUCCCUGAAUCUGCUGAUGACUCAUCUGAUUUAGUGCAUAGUUUGGGACCCCUGCCAUUUGCUGAUCCGAUACCAAACACUGGAGUAGAGGACGUGGAUUCAGAUUCUUCACUGGAGCAUGUUCCGAUUGAAAAGGGGAAAAGGAGAAAGACGCCAUCAACAAGUGUUUCAAAGUCGAAGAAGGCAACAAGUGGUGCGUCAGUUAUUGCAGAAAGCAUGAACAAUCUGACAGAUGUGGUGCGUACGAAGAAUCAGCAGGUUACGGUGAGGCACCUCAUAGGCAACGAAUCGUUGUACACUAUUUCGGAGUGCAUGCAUAAACUGAGCAGUAUUCCAUCCCUGAUUGGUACGCCGUUAUUCCACUUCGCCUCCACACUUAUGGAUAAUGCCGAUUAUCGGGAGGUGAUAAUGUGCCAGCCUGAUGACGACCACAUCAUUGGAUGGCUUACACAGAAGCAGCUCCAGUGUACUGCGUCGGCGCCUUUUGUAAACCUGUUUGGGGGUCGCCGGAUGUGA